AUGCCUCGACGGCUCGAGUCCGUUUUUGCCGAGCUGGGCCUCGCCCAAUACCUCGAUGCAUUUGUCGAUCAAGGUUUUGACUCCUGGGAGACCAUUCUUGACAUCCAAGAGUCUGACCUCGAUGCACUUGGUGUCAAGCUCGGCCAUCGACGAAAACUUCAAAGGCGUAUUGCCAAUGCUAGGGGGAUCGCCCCUAGUGUCUCUCUUGUCUCUACGCUGAAGUCUGGGGCGGAGGAUGCCAGGCAGCAACAGCUCAGACGGGAGUGUGCGACACGCUCCGAGGCCGGUUCCGAGCCAACCAGCGGCGUAACCAAGAGAAAAUAUCGGCGUCAUCCAAAGUCGGAUGAAAACGCCCCCGAGAGGCCUCCUUCCGCCUAUGUUCUGUUUUCAAAUAAAAUGAGAGAAGAUCUAAAGAGCCACAACCUCUCCUUUACAGAAAUUGCUAAACUUGUUGGAGAGAAUUGGCAAAACCUGGACCAAGGCGAGCGAGAAUUGUAUGAGAACCAGGCCAAUGCCGCCAAGGACAAGUAUCGACGAAGCCUUACCGAAUAUAAAAAGACUCCAGAACACCGCAGAUACGCUCAGUAUCUCCAAGAGUUCAAAGACAAGCAGAACAAACACAGCCAAGGCUCGAAGGCUCACCUUUCGACAGACACCUCAAAAAGGCAAAAGGUUGAUUCAAAGCGCGAGCCUGGUCGACUUCGGCAUGACAGCAGCCAUGGAAGCACUACUAGCGGCGGCACCAACGGUACACCACUGUCCAGCGCCGCCUCGGGGACAGCAAGUGGGAACAGCAGCGAAAGAUUGAGAGAGAGCGAGCCGCCACCUUACCGUCGCCGCCGAGUCGAUUCGAUUGCUUCGAUUGCCGAGUCGCAGGUAUCUUCGACUGCGCCAACUGCCCUUUCGCAAAGAAAUUCCCUCGAUGAGAAUGGCCUCUCGCCACGUAACUCUCAUCUUGAUGGCAAUAGCCCCAUUGACGGCCGACACUCGCAGCACGCUGCCAUGUGGUAUGAUCGCUCAAAUCAUUCCGACUCCUCCAAGAUGCCUCAGCAAUUGCCAUCACUCUCGGAUAUGCUCGACAAGGACAACCGUCAAGGCAUCAGUGGACGACUCCCCCCUGCCGGCUCACCCACGAUGGGUAUGGGCUCACCCGUUGCCUACCCCGUGGAAGAUCUAGUGAGGCGCUCAGGAGGAUCAAAACUGCCCGAUUCCCGUCCGACUGGCGACAGCGCGCUACCUAUUCAUGCGCUGCUUUCCAGCCAAGCGUCACCAAACCCGCUAUACGCCAAAGCCCCUCUAAGGAGCUCUAAUAUGCCCCUGAGCAAGGAUGCGCUUGAGCACCCUCAGGGACCGCCUGGUUAUGGAUUUCUGUCCAACUCGCCAACAUUUCGCCAUAUGAAGACGGAGCAGUCCGGAGAUGGCGAUGUUGUUAUGACGACGGAGCGAUCCCCUCCUAGCGCUGGCGAGAAGGGCCGCUUCGAUGGCAUGAGCGCACUGCUUCAAGCUGGCGAAAUCGUUGGUCGUCGAGGUAGCCGCCGCUAA